CGAUGGAGUCGGUGUCAGUGUUGUCAUCCUGUGUGGUGCACGACUGACAGCUAACCGCUAAACGGCGAGCCGAGCAGCUGAGCCGAGCUCGACGCGGCAGCCCCCGUAACGUCGUGUCAAUUGUAAGGUACGUCGUGGAGAUCGACGACAACGAAUAUCCCUGACGGCGACGAUUCCUGACCGUCGACCUGACCCCGUCCCGGGGCGAGGAGACCUCCCCGCACGCGUCGAGUCCGUGUGGCUCCGAUUUCUUUUGGCUGCAAGCGUUUUUACACUUUCUCGGAAAAACGGAACGAGAGUCUAAUUGAACUUCUCGCGCGGGGAAAAGGAGCAGGAGGCUGCAAUUGAAAAAACAAGCUUACACUGAAUUUUACACGUAGGUUUUACCCUUCCCAGUCGCUUCUUGCAUUCAUACUUGUAUACCUACCCUCCGGAGCAAGUGUGGCAAGUCGAGAAAUAAAAGAUGCACAAAGUGAAUCGGCAGUCGAACCGAAUGGCAAUCGUCUCUCUGCGAUGCACGAAGAAUAGAACGGAAAUUGCGAGAAGAGGGAUUGCGACUCGGUGUUCCGCCUCGUUUUCAGCUUUCUCCUUUCUAACGCUCGCCGUGUGCUUAGAGUAAGGUAUAAUUCUCUUUGACUAUAUAAGUAUGGACUGACAGUAAUUAACUUCACACGUGUCGCCAAGCUGGAAGAUGUAGACUCCACUUCGGUCAGUAAUUUUCUGCGGGGAGGAGGAAGGCUCCUGUGAAAUCAGCGUGUUUACGACACGUGUAAAGGAAAGGUGCUGAGCCUGUUUUUAAUUUCAUUCCGUCGAUUUGAGAUUUUUUUUGGCUCCCUAUCAAUUUUCAACAUAAUAUUUAAUACAUUUUGACAAAUAUUUGAUAUUUUUUUUACUGACUGGGGUGGAGCCUAAAAAUCGAAGUUCGAUACCUCAACCAACUUCAGCUCGGCGACACUGGGCAUAUGUCUUUUACAUAGUAAAAUCGGGGGGACUAGCAGUCCAUAUUUAUAUAGUCAAAGAUAAUUCUUACUUACACUUCCUUCUAGGACAGCCUUACAUUGGCGCUUUAGAAAAUAAAUGGAAUUCAAGUGUAGGAAACAGCUGAAACAAGUAGCUAAGAAUAGCUAAAAAGUUUAGCGUACAUAAGAUAUGCCUGUGUUACAAUUUACAUUUUUGCAUGUAAAAAUGAGAUUGGUGUACGUUUAGGUUUACUGAAAGAUGGAGAGGAAUGAAACAAAGCGAACGGAAUCUCUAAGAGGAAUCUAGAAACGAGGACUCGGCCGACGUCGCGCGAACGGAUGGCGGGACCGUAAAGAGAGAGAGCAGAAAAUGCGAAGCGAUGGAUGCUCUUAAUUGUCAGUUUUACGAGACGGGAGUAGCGAGAAGGUCAACCAGCUAUCGUUAUCGUCGUCGGCGAUUCGCUGUUUAUCGACGUCGCGCGCCGAUCACGAAAAGUCCGCGAGGCGAUAAAACUGGCGAGGGGCCAACGCUGCGUGAACCACGAUUUUUCGUCGUGGAAGAGAACCGAUUGGAGGCGCCGGAGGCUCGACCGUGGAUUUCCCCUUCCUCGUUGCGCGGAUAGUUAAUAUCCGACGUCCACCCCCAGCCGAGGACUCGAGCUGGGGACACGAACUGACGAGCAAGAGGAGUGUACUCUCGUUUCCCGACGUGCGCGGAUAGGCACCGUGUUCGACUUACUCGUUACCGACGUAAUUUCGUUAACGAUAAUUUCGAUUAAGUAAGCCUAAUUUUUGUCUUUAAUAUGCGGUAACAUAAAUUUUGUAAAAGUGUCUCCGAAUAAACGGUUCAAAUUUAACGCAAGUAGAACUACAAGUAGAAUUUUUUUUUUUUUGACAAACAACAGUUGAAAUCAGAGAUGUUUGAAAACUUAACUCUCUAGACUGAAAAUAGCAAAAGCAUGAAUUCAAUCUUCUUCAACAUUUUCUCUGAGGGAAAAUAUUGAGUUUGAUUCGUUAAAGGAUCAUUAACAUUGGAUCUGUUUAUUUUAAAAUAUUUUGCGUAUGAUAAAUAGAACUAUCUUGAAAGUUACUUCAAAUCUCCUGGCUCAUUUCAUUAGUGCUGGAAAUCUUAUAAAACUCUGCAGUUAGAAUUUGAAUUUGUAAAUUAAUUUUACAUUAUUAAAUUCUAUUUGUGAGUAAAUAGAAAAGCAGGUAAUUAAAAAUUUUUUUAUUUGUGAAUGGAGUUAUCUUUCUCUAACAUAUUUAACUGUAUAUUUAAGAUAUGUAUAAUAUGUCUAGUUUACAAUAUUUGAUAUGACAGAUUGUUGCUGAGUGCAUAUUAUUAAUAUUGCAAAUAAGAUCACUGUCGUUCUCCGAAUCUCGAUAUUAAGUUCUCGGUAAUCUCAAUAUUAAUCGCCGAAAAAGAUCGUGAGCUAUCGCGCAUUAAAAUAUAUUAAGGCUAUCAGGAUAUAUUAAGAAUCAUAAUUAAUAUUCUUUAGUAUUCUAAUUUUCUAGCAUCACAGCAAUUAUAUUUUUGCGAGGUAUUUAAAAUUUGUUUCUCAAUUCUUAGAUUUGAAUGGAGAACGAACGAUCGGUAAUCAGAAGGAAGCUGGUUCGCGCCAUAAAGUAGUGAAGGCGUUCAGAACUUUAAUUUUAUAGCUUUAACAAUUAAACAAGUCGAAUCCUGUCUAUAAUUAAAACGACAGCUGCCUGGUCAUCGCGUCACGUUUUCCAACGCGGAUCUGUAAGAAUCGAGAAGAAAAGUUUACCAGAGAGGAACGGCUUUGCGUUCUUGAGGCUCGUCGCUAGAUUUAUGAGUGGAUCGUCACAUGCUCCGAGAAGCGAUAACGAGGCACUGUCGUCGUAUGGCGGCACGGGAGCGAGUAUCGACAGAUAAGAAUUGCCAGUGGCGGUAGAUCAAAUCCUGCCAUCGCGGCUGUAGCAGCGAUUUCUCGCAUGGCCGCGUGCGUUUCCAUUCUGACACAGUAUAGUGAUGAUGGCUCAUUGAUAGUGCUGGUAGAGGCGACAGCGGCAGUAGCGACGGCAGUGAUUGUUAUCGAAGAGUCUAUAAAUCCCGGAUUACCGUUCACCAACGUUUCGUACUCCGCGAAGGUUCCGCGAAGCUUCCGAGCCUUCCCCACGGAAGGCUGCAAACUGGUGAUCAAUCGCGAAUACGUGGGGAUGUUAUGUAAGCUGGAUUCGCGUUCGGUAAACAUAUUCGACACUCCCGUGUCGGGAUCGGAUUUGCAAUGCGUCGUAAUGUUGCCGAGUCGCGAGGUUCUGAUUACAGAACACGAUAGUAAAGUAAAAUAUCAGUUGCUCUUCUUGACGCAAGUCUUUUGACUCGCCUUUGAAUUAAGGUGUCACUGCAGCACUGUUUCUUAAAAAAAAAAAAAAAAUCAUAAUGUAUUCUUUGAUCAUGUAUUGAAAAUGUGAAGCACAAUCUAAUUGUCAGCGCCGAGUAUAGUUUUUCGACUCUCAAGUGACGUACGUGACGGGACAUAUCGAUUAUGCAUCUCAGCACGUGUUGGUUUACUCAGCCCGACGUGAGGAAUCCCGGUCUUUCAGGUGAUCAAGUUACUUGGUCGAAGGAUGCACGCCAGAGGCAGCGCGAGGACAACCUGUGCGCGUGGUUGAGCUCGGACGAGAUAGCGAGUUACGAGGAAGAUGCGCGGUUGAAAACCGAGGAGCCCGAAGAGGAGGACGAGAAGGAGCGCGAGGAACGGGGCUCAGGGAUGUCUACGGUGUCGAUCAAUAAGCUGCAAGUUCUGUGGGAUCAUUUCAUCCACGCCGAACCCCAGAGUUACGAGAAAUCGUCCUGGCUUGAUAUAUUUCUGGCGGAAUUGCUCGCGCAAAUUAAGGAAGGCAAAGACGUGAAAGAUGUCCUGUCUUGUUGUUCGGUUGGCGUUGGCGGCGUGUCGACCCUCGUGGCCUGCGAAUUGCUCUCGGACGUGCACGAGUUGUGCGGAAGCAGGAGCGACGGCGGCGAGCUGAUCGGUCUGCGAAAGUACCUGGUACAGGAUCGCGGCUGGCGUUACCUGGCGGUGCUGCAUCUGUUGGGCGUACGCGGUCUGUCAUGCGGUCGCGAACUCGUCGCGCUGCUGGUUGCUCUCUACCAGGUCGCGUUCCAGGAUGGAGCCGACUCGGGGGCCGACCUGACCACCGCGUCGCAAAAGUCGGACAGCGGCGAAUCCGCCGUCGUCGGGCCGUCGACACGUAACCAGUACAUGAGAUUUCACUGUAACGACGAUACCGUCGACACGGUGAACAUCGAGCUGCACGCGAAACGCAAGAGCACCAAGAACUGCGGCCGCAGACGUUUCUCCCACGAGGGCGACACGCCGUCGCGCAGGAGAACCGCUCGUCGACACGUUGUCGGCGCUACGAAGAUCUACCAGUCCGCCAGUCACAAGCAGAAGAAGCCGUCGUCGAUCUUGGAAGCGCGACGUAAUACACCGGAGGACGAGACGAGCAGCGAGUUCGAGCCGUCGACGGACGGCAUCGAUCCGGCACGUUCUCUCACGCUGAAGAUCCGUCUGAAUCCGAUGGACUUUGAAUAUUUCACGUCGAUCGUGAGGAGCGACGAGGAGCAGAAGUGGCAGGCUGAAUUGUACGAGCUGCCACCUCGUCCCGUGAGGAAAACGCCGCGCGAUUACAUCGACGAGAGGAUCCGCGACGUAUUGGACGCCGACAUCAGUAACUUCGAGAUUAGCUUGCUCAUCAUACAGCUGCUGCAAGGCUUGCGCGAUUACGACACACCCGCGGAGCAAACGCCAGCCGUGCAGGUUCUAAAAUUUGCCCUGGACACGCUGUGGUCGCUGCAAUUCGGCAUAAAUGGCAGCAGUUUGAACGGCACGGAAAGUGCGACCCUGAAGGCAGCCGCCGCCCGGCUAAUGUUGACGGCUCUGGAGCGCGCUUUGAGGGCCGACGAGCCCACCACGGCGGUGAUUCACAACGGCCUGCUGCCGAUGACACUGAGAUUGCUGGAGAACGCCUGCAGCAAGCCGGUGGGCGUGUUGAAGCCGGAGGAAGGUUCGCUGCUGCAGGAAUUCAUCUUCGCCACCAUCUACGGGAUCGUCACGUUCCUCUACUGCCUGUUGCACCAGCGUAGCGGCAAUGUCGACAAGCUGUCGGACUUCCUCGAGUUGUUUCGACUCUUCGUCGAGAGCCAGGACGGCAGGCUCGUCGAGAGAACGGUGUUCGCGAUCGUCGAUCUACCCAGCGUCGAUCCGGCGAAGUCGAUAGUACGGGCCAAGAAGAUAAUCGACAUAAUGGGCGCGCUGACCAGCGGACUGAAGUGCGUUCGCCGCGAGCUCUCGCACGCCACGCAGUGCCACAGGGCCAAGCACAAAUCCUGCAUCGACCACGUGCAGAGCCAUCAUCACUCGGACGUGCUCGGAGCACCGUACUCCCAACCGAUCGUCGGCGUGGCCGAUAAACAACUGUGCUGCAUCUCGUCGUUAUUCGCGACGCUCACGAGCUUGCUGAAGGAAUCUCAUCUGUUCGCGAGCGAGUUGCAGGUGAGGCUGAUUGGGAUAAUCACCGCCGCCGGUACGUGCUGUUGCUUCCCGCCAAAGAUACUCGUCUCGAGCGUCAUCGCCUGUCUGAGAAAACGCGACUCCGCGACAUACGCCCCGGCGGUGGCGUUCCUGGAGCGUACCGUCUUCCGAGAGCUGGGCGCCUACUCGGCGGCGGAUGCGUGCGACACUUGCGACAGACCGGCCAAUUACUCGUGGGACUUUCUGGAGCUGUACGUCGACUUGCUGUGCCCCGACGAUCCGAAACUCUGCUACGUCGUCAUGGCGCAUCUGCUGAAGGUCACACCCGGCUGCCGGUUUCACGUCAGGGAGCAGCUUCUCUUCAAAGUCUUCUAUCCGACUUUCCUACGCGCCAAAGCGCAUUACGUGACCGAUAAGGGCAACGCGACGGCGAGGUUCCUCUUGCAAUCCUGUAUGUCCGUUAUAUCGUGUUUAAUCGUGAACCUGAAGAUGUGCGAGAAAUUCAUGGAGAUAAACGGACUGCACGAGAUACUGUCUCUAAUAUCGGACACGGCAUUCACCAGGAGCGUCUACGCUCUUCUGGAAGUCACCGUGACUGUGGAGAUCUGGAGCAUUUGCAAGGAACCAGACGAUACAGAAAGUACCGAAGCACCGGCGACGAGAUUCCUCUUUGAAACCCUCGAGAGAGAGACGAACGGAUUGUUCGUCAGCCUGCAGCGUCUCGAGGAACUGAGAACGGCGGAAGAGAAGGCGGACGAGCGAGGCGAGAAGGAUAUGCAUUCCGACAAUCAAGAGGCUGAAUUGUCCGAUCCCAGAGAUUUGAGAACGGAGAUCGCUGAAACGGCGAUUGAAGAUCUCGAUGAUACAACUCUAUCGCAACUGCCUGAAAGUGAUACUCAUCGCGAACAAUUAGAGAACAAGACUGAUUUCGUAGUAGAGGCUCCAGCAAUUUCGAAUCCGCUCGAGAAGUUUUACCCUCCCGCAGAAGAGGCCAUCGAGGUGUGCGACGACGGAGACGCGUCGUACAACAAAUUUAGCCUGCAUCAGGCUAGCGCAGCGUGGAGGGCUGCCGCAGGGGUAGCACUGUGCAGUCCGAAAUUCCGCACUGAGCUAUCGACACAUCCGGUAUCCGGGAAAUCGUUGCAGUUGUUCAAGCUGUUAACUGUGGGCAUCGCCACGGAUAGUAUCGAAGAUAAUUCAGCGCAUAAGCUCUUCGAGGCCCUGAUUACGUGUUGCCUGAUAUCUCCGUUGUAUGACUGCGACGUAGUCAUGGAGUUGGGAAGGACGCUGAUGAAUACCGGGAUUACGCUUGGCCGUGGAAUAGCUGUGAUAGUGGACGCGGUGUUGAAAGUCUCCAUGCUGAGGCCAGCGCAGGAAAACACCAUACAGCAGCAACCGCGUCCCAGACUACCAACCAUGUCGUUGGAGACUCUACCGGAUUACGGCGCGGACGAUAGUAGUACCGGCGAGUACGUAACUGCUGACGAUGGAUACGAGGCAGAUAUUGAAGUGCCUGGGAAAAGUACCAACAGCAACAUCUCGAAAAAAAGCAGCAGUCCCCUUGGACCUGUGAUAGAGCCGAGAGGUCAUGCCAAUGCGCAUCCUGCUCUAUGCUCCUUGGCGAUAGAUCUUUUAAUUCAUUUCAGCGAACAGGGUUUAGAUUUGGAGAGAGGAUCGAUAAUAACUGGUGGAUUGCGAAGGGUCGCUGUUACUUGCCGAGAAAGUGCCUCAAGUUGUGCCGCUCUCGCGGCCUCGGAAACUAUUACGAAAAUAUUGAGCGGUUUUAAGGAUGUAUUCACGGAUAACGAUCCGCGAUAUCGAGAUUUGCAGCACGCGGCGUUGGAAGUUUUUACAUUAUUGGCGACGCAGUCAAUCUCAUCGACGGAGCUGGUCGCGUAUCUGUCGUUUUUCAAAGUGAAGAAACCGCCGCUGUUGCCGUUAUUGGAGCCGUUGUAUCACCUGGUGCUGGCCGCUCGACCUCAGCCGAAUUUCAUCCUGUUGUUCCCCGUGAAAUACGACACGAGAGCGUCGCUGAAGAUCCAGACGGAGGAGCACAAGAAUCUGGAGAAGGCCGAGAACCUCGUGAACAAUUUCAGAAAGAAGCACCUCGCUACGGGAAUCUGCAGCCCGUGGUCCGUGCACGCGACGUGUCUGCCCAUCGGGCCGGAACUUGCUUGGUCGGUGUGGUUGCACGGCUGCUCCGUUUCUAUGUGGUUAAGGAUAGAAAGAGGGCUAUUAGUCGGCGGGCGUGCGACUGCCAAUACUUCCCCGCUGCUGGAUUCGGACAGCGAGAGUCUGUCGGACUGGGGUAUCCUAUCCGAUGACUGGAGUCGUAAUGUCGUAGCAGGUUCUGUAUCGCCACCCACGCCGACGUCAGUAAUACAUUUGAUGUCCAUUGGGUUCGAAUCGCUGGUUUUGGAAACUUGGCUCGACCUCAGAUCAGAUAAAUUAAUCUUACGGCUUACUCGACCGGACGACAAGAUGAACCGAACGAUCUCCGAAACUUCGAUAAACGGCAUGCUGCCUUCGGGAUGCUGGCACCACUUGACUUUAAACAUUAAAGAUACCGUCUUGAAUAAGCGCAGUGCUGUGGUCGAGGUCACGCUCUGGAUAGACGGUUGGAAAGAAAUCAAUGCUCAAUUACCGUUUGACGGUUUACUGGUGAGGAAGCCCGGUACCACGUGUAUUUUGUUAGGUCAAAUCGGAUCGAGCAGCAUUGGCGCAUGGUACCUUGGGAAUUUAAUGAUUUUCAGAUGUCCAGUGUUUACGAAAGAGCGUGCGUUGCAUCUGGCCGGUCUCGGACCAAAUUACACCAACUUGGCAGAUUGUAUUUUAAACACGGUGAAACCCGAUUUUGCACCUCUCAUUGCGUCCGGCGCAUUGAAUGGCGUUCGCGAAGUGAAAUACGAAGGAGGUAAAUUUGAUUUGAGCCGACGGAAGUCUUAUGGUGGUACUUAUUUGAAGCACGCCGUCGAGACAGUAGUAUCAGAAUCGAAAAUCGAUUGGGAUUCCGUUAUGGACGUGACAAACUCACAUCUUGGCGAGCUGCAAGAUAAUUUGCUUCUCAGUUACGAGGCUCAAAACCCCAAUAUCGUGCACUUGUAUCCUCAAGCUGUCGCUAAUCCUGCUGUUGUUGCGAGAAGUAUCUUCCCGGGCCAACCAGGUUUCAGAGUCGUUUCAGUCCCGGAGCACAGGGUGUCGCAGCAGCCGCCUCUCUCGAUACCUCCAAUGAUGUCUACUCGCUUAGAGAGCCAGCAAUACCGAGGCCUUGUGCCCGCGGCGAUCCUAGUGGGCGGCGUACCAGUAUUUUUAUAUCUCUUUGCGAGAGUGGUCGAAUUAAACUCCACCGAGGAAGAGCAAGCCCUGGCCCUGUCCAUAAUCCUGCAUCUUGUUCGCAGCGAUUCAGAACUCCUGAAUCAAUAUCGAUCGGACGGCGGGACGUCAUUGAUUCUGCGUGUUCUAGAAUCGUCUAGGUGUCACGCUGGUAGGCACAUUCUGAAGGCGAUGCUCGACGCGGCGUGCGACAGCUCGAUCAUCAUCAAGGACAUCGGCAGCGGUAACCAUUCGAUCUCGCAAAAUUGCGAGGCUGUUAUCAUAGACCCGGGAUUGAUCAAGGGUGCGCUUACCGCGUGGAGAGCUUGGGUGAAAUACGACACGUUAAAUUUACUGCUGCAAGCGUUACUAAUUUUACUGCGAGAUCAACAUUCGCAUCGUGAAUUCAAUGCGUCGCAGUUAAAUCGGGUCGGUAUCGUGGAUACGAUUCUCACCUUAUGCAAGGAGCACUUCAUGUACGAGAUGCACGAAGAAGAAAGUACCAUAUUGGACUCGAAUACCGGAAUCGCUAUCGUGGAACUGAUGCGCGCCCUAAUGGGCGCACCGCCCGAAUUUGCUCACUUGGUCGCCAUCACCGAUUACCUAGUCCUCGUUCAUCAAGCCUCGGAGACUUACGUCACUCACUCGCGAUACAAUAUCUAUUUUAUGUUGCCGCAACUCAAGGAGAAGGAUUCGAAAAGGAGCGGUAAUGUCAUUUCUGAUGACUCGAUAGGCAUAGUGGAGAACAGCAAACUGAACAAGGCAUUGACGAACGAGCAGAUUCAAAAGACGCGAAGUCCUAAAAAGAAGGAUCGUAAAAAUGUGCUGUCAUCGGACAAUACAAGUGCCGGAGAAGAUUCCGGAAUUGCGGGUAGCGAUGGGUCUAAUCCUCGAAGCAAUGACAGGCAAUCGUCAACGUACGCGGACGAGAGGAGGGCCUGCCAGGGCUUAGUCUGCGAGGGGCUGUUAUUGCUAUUGAGAGAUGCUGUGAGAGUGUUACCAGACUCUCAAGUUGGCUUAGUGCUGAAGCACGUUUUGAGAGCUGAAUUGCUAUUGGUUUUAGCCAAUGAUCCCGACAAUCGCGUACGCACGGCAUUGAUCAAGGUGGUGCAAACCUAUCUGCAACGCGCCAGCGAUGAGGAAGUUAACAAGUUUAUAAAACAGAAGUACUUCAUGCAUUUAGGGAAUCAGAUAGCUCUGUAUACCGGAAGCGAGUCGCUGAUCGUCGCUUUAGAGAACUUAGCUCUGCGGGGGCCGACGUUGGCGGCGAUGCCGCCGUUAAUGGCGAUGAUUGCGAAGGCCGCGGGCUCCGAUUCGAACGUGGCCAGGCCGAUAAUAUCGUUUAUCACUGACAUAAUAGCAAAGAACACGAGUGCGCUGAAAGUACUUCUGGAGCAAGGCCUGAUCGAGUCAUUGGCACAAGCUCUGGUCGCGGCUGCGCACAGAGGUACCUCGACGUCCCUUCACCGAGACAUCCACGUGCUGUUUGUGGCAAUCGCGACCAAGCUUCUGGAAUUACCGGGUAAUCAUCAGGUACAGGCGGUGCUCGAUCUACACACGAUACUCGAUUACAUGGAACUGUCGGAGAAGCUGCGGUGCCGCGCGAGUUCGACCUGCGCGGCCGUGAGAGACGCCCAGGUAGCGUUGUUCGACGGAGAGUUGGACGUGCUCACCACUAAAAUGUCGAAUCCUUCGGGAUUCCGACUGCGUAGCACGGCUUCCUACUUGGCCUCGGCAUCUUACUUUACCUCAGUUCUCACGACGUCCAGCGAGCAGAGCGAUCACGGGUCCCGCUCUUCUAGUUUCGCGAACUUUCACACGAAUUCGACCCCGGUACCGCGUGAACCCAGCAAGGGAGAGCUGAACGACCGUUUUCGCAUCAUUGUGACACGUGCCGUUGAAUUUAUAAUGGCCGCUGACGCGACGCCAUCCGUCAACGAACUGCAAUUAACGAGAAGGCUGUUUUCCAUUCUUUUGCAUGGCAUGUGCAAUCCGCUGGAGAAAAAAAAUCACUGGAGCAACACGUGGUCCGUCAGAUCGGCUCUGAGAAAGUAUACGGCUAGAAUUAUGGUGUGGCUGCUGGAGCCGCAUCAGAGCAUCAAUACGAGGGUAUACGCCAUCAGAUCUCUAAUGGAGGAACCGAGAGCUCGUGAAAUCUUGUCGUGUAUUCUGGAAGUUCACCCACAGAUGGAGCAAAAGUUUACUGUGUUCUUUUGGGACCUGUUGCAAAAACGGGACGAAAUGCCGAGUGCCGACGCUAGGGUAUGUGCAGAGUUGAGAGAGGGUCUGCGCGUAUGGAACCUCGCCAAAGGGAUAGAGCAAGCUAGUCCUGAAGUAUGGAACGACGAGUUAGCUUUGUUACGUCGAGAUUUGCUUCCAGAUCAAGAUAUUUGUAUCGACAAUUAUCCCGCAAUUUUAAGAAUCGGCAAGAGAUUCGAUGCGUUGGCGAAGCAGCUAACCGAAAGCGCCAUGACCAUAACGCGCUCGGUUGUGGAGGAACAAAACCGUGAGCGUAAGGUACUGAUGGAACAGCUGAAGCACACGCGAGCAUUAGAGGCUCAGGCAGUUGCCAGAUGGAGGGACAUAGCUAAGCGACUAACACACGAACGGGCGCCAUGGCAUUUUCCCGAGAGCUACCCGAGAAAUUGGGAAUUGGAUCCAACUGAAGGCCCCGCGAGAGUCAGAAUAAGGCUUCAGAGGUGUCACUUGAAUAUCGACAACAGAUUCUUUUUGCCGGAGUAUCAAGACAGAUUAGCGUCUUCUAAUAUCGAGUUGCCAUUAUCGUAUCUAUUUACGAGUGUUCGCGAAGACUCUAACACUGCGGCUCUAAUCGAACGGCUGCAUACGAGUGAGAAAAUACGCAAGAUGUCUCAGGCGAAAGUUGUCACACCCAGAGCCGAAUUAGCCGGAGAAGUCCUCAUUGGCGAGACGUGCGUGUAUUUCGUUCCGGACAAUCCCGACAUGCCGUUACAUACGGACAUAGCAUUGGGUGGCUUCGAUUUGGCUGUGGCUGGUGGUACUGCUUGGCGUCUCGAGGAUAUUCGAGAGUUGCACAGAAGAAGAUACCAACUGCAAGAGAGAGCCAUCGAAAUCUUUCUCAUCACUGGCAGAACGUACCUGCUGGCGUUCAAUUCGUCCAAGGAAAGAGACGAAUUUGCGACGGAACUGUCCGCUUGCAAUUUACCGAGGCGAAUCCCCGGCGAUGACUUGGGGGAGGCUCUAGCCUUGUGGAGGAGUGGCGCGCUCACGAAUUGGGAAUACAUAACUUGCUUGAACAAACUGGCAGGCCGUUCGUAUAACGACUUAAUGCAGUACCCCGUAUUUCCGUUUGUCCUGGCGGACUACGUCAGUGAGAAGAUUGACUUGAACAAUCCGAAAAUUUAUCGGAAUUUCAAGCGACCGAUGGCUGUGCAAGAUAAAAAGAACGAGCAACAUUACAUAAAUAACUAUAAUUACUUGAAACAAACUUUAACAGAAGGAUUAAAUCUAAUUGCCUUGAAUCAAGGACCAUUCCAUUAUGGCUCUCAUUAUAGUAAUUCUGGAACUGUAUUACACUUUUUGGUACGGCUUCCACCGUUUACUAGCAUGUUCCUUUGUUAUCAAGAUAACAAUUUUGAUAUUCCCGACCGAACAUUCCAUGCGCUGGCCACCACAUGGAGACUAACUAGCUGCGAUUCAACGACGGACGUGAAGGAAUUGAUACCGGAAUUUUUCUAUUUACCUGAAUUUUUAUUAAACUUCGAGGGAUUCAAUUUCGGUGUUCGACAAAAUGGCAACAAAGUUGGAGACGUUGAAUUGCCGAAGUGGUGCGGCGGCGACGCGCGUCUAUUCAUACUGGCACACAGAGCCGCGCUGGAAUCCGACGUCGUGAGGGAAGUACUGCCGUACUGGAUCGACCUCGUCUUUGGAUUCAGGCAGACGGGAAGACCGGCGAUAGAGGCGAUAAAUGUCUUUCAUCCCGCGACCUAUUACGGAUUCGACGUGGAGCAGAUAACCGAUCCCUUGGAACGUCAGGCGUGGGAAACCAUGGUACGAACGUACGGUCAAACGCCCGCGCAAUUAUUCCGGGCUCCCCAUCCGUUGAUUCAAAAUCUCAGCAAUAUCACGCUGUCUAAUCAAACACCGCAGGUUAUUGAAGGGAUCAAUGGUAUAAAAUGGGGAAAUUAUGUGGGCGCGCCCGGCAAUGAGCCUGUGUUAUGUUGGAAGCUUAAGCACAAAACACCAUUAGCUUCACUCGUUCCUUUGGCAACUGGUGACGUUUUUGGCUUGCCUAAUUACACCACGCUUCUUAUCGGUUACACCAAAGAAAAAGGCAGCAGCAUGUUAAGCGGUAUGUCUGUAUUGGGUGUCGCAUUAGCGUCAUGGAGCGGUACAGAUGGAGUCGCUAGAUUAAAAUGUAAGAAGGAACAACCGCCGAGGCCUCUGAUUAAAUCUUCAGGCCUUGAUCCCAUCACGACGUUGGCGUCCACUCCCGAUUGCGGACAGCUUUGGAUUGGACAUUUAUCGGGCAGAAUCACAGUGCAUGCGUACACUAUAGCGGCUACGGGCAAAAUCGAAUUCAGCUCAACGUCUGCGACGGUACUUCUGGCUCACAGCAGUCGGGUGACAGUGAUAUCUCUGUCACGCACAUUUAGCGUUGCCUGUUCCGGUGACGGCAGCGGUGUCGUUAUUAUUUGGGAUUUAAACAGCUUAACGUACGUGAGAUCGAUAGUCCGUGACCAAGGUUACGCCGUACAUCUUCUGUGUAUCAGCGAGACACUCGGGGAUGUGGCCGCCACUUACGACAUUUCCAGAUCAGAGGGCAACGCGACGACCAACAAUCAAUCCGAGUUGACGGUGCACACCGUGAACGCGAGGGCCGUGGGCACCAUUUUAUCCAGACGACGUGUGACGGCACUUUGCUACAGCAACGCGCCGGAGGGCGUUUCUGUCAAUGUCAUCGCAACUGGCUUAGACAACGGAAUAAUAAGAUUAUGGAGCAGUUGGGAUCUGCAGUUAGUCAGAGAGAUUUCGAGUAACGCGAGAGACUGCGGCGCGAUAAUCGCUGUGGCGUGGCCUUUGGAUCAGCACCACUUGUACGCGGUCACGGAGGACUUUACCGUUCUCAUUUGGGAGGGAUCGAGGCGUCUCAGCAACGGUACGCCGAAAUUCGUCAACCUGACGUCAUACUGACCUGCGUGGACCCGUCAUCCGAACAAUUUAAAAGAACGACACGGAGACAAACAUGGAGUACGAGCUGAGAAGACAGCUCAUAUAUAGAGAAAGAGAUUGUGAUUGGAGGGAUAAACAUGACAUUAUUUUCUAUAUUACUCUCGUAAUGUUUAUGCUAACGUGCAGCUUUUUUUUAUCGUUUCUUGUUUUAUUUGUAGGUUUUUUUUCCACUCUGCGUUAUUAUUAAUUUAAGAAUUAAUGUGUUUGUUUCGGCUAAUCGCGCUCAUCUUUUUUUCUUUCUUUCUUGCAUUCCCAGCCGUAAUCAUGACAUGUAUUGGAGAAAAAAUGAACAAUGCGCUGAAGUAUUAUUCUUAUCGAUUCUCCCAAUAUGAUUGUACCCAUAAUUAUAUAUCCUACAUUAUAUUUUUAUAUAAAUUUUUAUAUCGCAUUGCGUAUUGAAUUCAUAUAGAUUGUACGUCUCAUUAGUGUAUAAUGUUCAAUAACGUAAUUUAUAUACAUAAAUUUUUAUAGAAUAACAUAAUGCAGCAACAAAGACGCGUUUACACAAACCACUCAUUUUUCCAAUGUUUGCAUUCUCCUCUUGCUGAUAUUUCUAUGCAAAUAUAUGUAUAUAUGUAUAUGUAUAUCAAAUAAAUCCUUUACUGCAUUAAAAUACA